AUGCCCGAAAAAGAAGUUUUGCUUCCCUUGGAACUGUGGCGGGUUAUUUUAAACCAUCUUUCAGUGCGGGAUCUAUGUCGCUGUUCCCAAGUUUGCCAAGAAUGGAGGGAGUUAGUGAAAAGCUUAGAUUCUACUCGUUGGAAGGAGCUUUUUUUGGCUUCAAAACGGUGGAAACAUCCGAACUGGCCUAACUACACACAGAAAGAACCGUCCUCUUGGAAAGACACAUACAAAGUCCAUCAUUUGGCUUCGAAACAGUGGGUCAACCGCAGUGUCGAGGUUCGAUGUGCACCUUGCUUGUAUUUGUUCAGGCGAAGAUUAGAUCGCCGACGUAUCUUCCGUGUUGGAGCGGGCAGAGAAUUCCAGACUAUUAAAAGCGCAAUUGCUUCGGCUUCUCCUUUCGAUUGCAUUCUACUUCAGCCUGGUGUUUAUGAUGAGCAGCAUGUUUUGAGUUUGAAAUUCCCAAUCGAAAUCUGUGGUGAAGGAGAACUCGGCGAUGUCCUUGUUCAAAUAGCCAUCGAACAGCAAGCUUCGACCACACGAAUUCAAAACAUUAUUCUUCAACCUGGCCCGCAAAGAUCUCAAACUACACUCCCUGUCAUUUUAAAGGUAGGGUGAAAAAUACAGAUUUGUAGUUUAGAACCCAAGGCGUUGGGGAAAUUAAAAAUUAGUUUCAUCAGUAGGCUUUCUUAUGUGGUCGCUAAAGAUCUGCGCUAUAACGAUUAUACUUCGUGCGACAUUUCAUAGUAAACAGACCUCCUAUUCUUAGUUUAUGAACUAGCUUUUUAUCAUACUUCUGGACAAGACUUUCAUAUUAUUAUUUAAUUCACCGAGAGACAUUUUAUAUGAAAUUUCUCGAACCAGGUCUGUUAUUAUGUAAUUCUUAGGUAACAUUUACACAAUUUAAAUUGAUCAAUAUAUUUUUAGUUUAUAGUGAAAUUUACCUCUCGGACAUUUGUGGCUUCAAAUGUAUCACAUUUUGCAGGAUAUUCUCUCCGCCCUAUUAAAUUUCAAUUCUUUUAACCUGAAGUCGUUUUUUUAUAGCUGUGUUAAAGUACACUGAAAACUUUUUUUUUUUUAGUUUUUACGCUUAUAUUUCCAUAAUUUUCACAAAUUAGUUCAUGGCCGUAAGAGCUUGAAUUUGAAAAUUGUGGUAAAAAGUUGACUAAACUUAGCUUGUUAGUUCUCUUUUUUAUCACAUCUUAUUCUGUGUAAAUUUGAAUUAAUUUCCUCUCUAAAAAAUCUUUUCGCCCUCUGUUUGUGUAUACUUGUACCACAUGUACUAUUUAAGGUAGCAAAAACCAGCCGCUAGAUACAAAAAAUAAGAAGUUGGUUUGGCUAGCAUAUUUGUGAAAUAUUGUAUGUAUAUGGUGCGUGGCUCUUUUUCUUCCUUUUUUGUGCGUAUACAGGCCAGGUGGAAACAUCAAACAUUGCUCAACAAUUGGCACGUGCAAAGGUUUGACAUAUGAAUCAAUUACAUGUAUAAAUGUGCAAAUCUAAGGAUCAACAGAUUUGUAUUUGGAUUGAUCCACUGUUCCAUUUGGCUGAGCUCGUUGAGUCAAGUGAAAAAGAUUUACUUCAACUCAUACAUCGAACUUCUCAGGUGCUAAACCUAAUGCAUAAAUUAUUUGUGAUUGCAGCUACGUAGCUUUUGCUAGUGUAGACAAAAAUUGGAAAGAGUGAUGACGACGUUGACGGUGCUCUCAUGUUAGGUUUUUGUGGCUACUGCCUCCCUUUAGGGAGCGUAGCCACUAUGUUGUGGCAUUGUGAGUAAGUCUGUAAGUCAGUAAGUCCAUAAACUUGCACAGGAAGUCCACCAUCUUGGUCUGAUUGAAAGUGUGGCCGCGCAUCAAAAAAGGGGUUAAAAAAAUGCUUUUGGCGAUGAAUUUCGAUGGCAGAAGUAUUUUGCAGAGAAAAUGGGAGCGGUUUGGACCAACAGCUAUAAAAUAAGAGGAAAAAUCGUGGUAUAAAAAUAUUUGUGAUGCGUCUCUGUUGUGCUUCUGCCCCACAGUUCUUUGACUGUACCUGUAUGACGACCACGGGGUUCGAGCCCUAGGCUAGCGGUGAAUUUUUUCUUUUUUAUUCGCCCUCUUUUUUCUUGGCUUUUUGUUUUUCUUUAAAUUCCUCAUUUAAUUUUCUACAGAGCACAGUUAGGGGUCUUACCAAAUUUAAGACACGAGGGAGACUUUCAGGUUUACGAUGGUUAACUUCCACUUGUGGACUGGAUCAUCCAGACAUUGAACUUGAUGAGAAGAUGAGCAUUUUCUCUUCCACUCCCCAAGAUCACGGGGGAUGUACAAAUUCCAGCUGGCUGGAAAGUGGUCUGAAAGUGAGAAAAUGUCAUGCUAUGCCACUCUUGAGAACCUGUAUGAGCCAAAAAUGGACGGGAUUUUGACCAUUAGCUUCAAAAUAGCAGUGGAAACAUGUCUUGCAUCCUACUUCACUGAUGAGUUGUAUCAGCUUUGUAUGACAUAUGCUUUUCAUUGCCAUGAAAUGCGUUUACAUCGUUUUUUCACUGAGCAAAACUCUUGAGAGAAUUUGAAAAAUCCUUGGUGAAAUUUUUGAAAAAUUGUAUUUACAACAUUGCGGACAGCCAGAUCAAGAUAUUUUCUUGCUUUUUAAUUCUUGUUCCAAAUAAGAAAAUCAUAGAAAGAAAAGUAGGCUAUGGAUAUUUUCUAAUUUCUUAGCACUUCAUUUUGCAGCUGUUAAUUUUUUUCCAAACAAUGAUAUAUUGCAUACUAUGACAUCAUUUAAAACACUUUUUCCUGCAUGGCCAUUAUAAUACAUAAAAUUAUGUGGCAAAUUUUCCAUCUACUGAACAAGAAUAAAAAGGUAAUAUUAUUUUGAUAGUGAGAUAAACUUUUAAGAACCAAAAUAGCAAGAAUUUUUUCUGCCUGCUAAUGAAAACCUUGUCCUAUGUCAAUUAAAUACUAUUUUUUUGGCAUUUUUUGUACUUAUAAUAAAGCCACUUAUGAAAGACAACAGCCUCUCUCUACUGAAUACAUUACACAGUGCAAUGAAUGUUCUGUUUUGAAUGUGUCAUAGUUGUGUUAAUGGCACUGAAGGUUUAUCUCCAGUGUAAUAUCUUUUUCCACUACAUUUUUAAUGACAGACUGUUGAGUUAAACACUUCUUUUGAUUGUCAUUUAACAUGUAAUUUUAAAGAUCAUAGAGUCUAACAAGCCAUGUACACUGUUUUUGACCACAUUCACAAAUCAGAAAAUUUUUCUCUCGGUCUAUUUAAAUUAGAGUCAUAAUACAUGUAGGUGUUCUGUGCCAUUGACAUAAUCAUGCAUAAUGUUUUUAACAGUAGUUGUGAAAACAAAAUCAAUUUAAUCAUAUCUUACAAACAUAACUUUAGUUAUAUGUUAGAUAUUCAGAGUUUUCCGAGGAGAGCAACAGGGCAGCUGCUUGCCCGCUGACUCAAUAUUACACCUUUUAUAUUACAGGAAGUUUUCCCUUGUGUUAAUUACCAUAUUGAAGAAAAAAAUAUAUACAACGCAGUGCGUUUCAAAUAAAGGAAACAGGGGGUAACAUUUAAAAAUGAAUGAAAUAAAGGCAAUGUACACAAAGAUUUGAAACUUGUUGCGACAAUGGGGACAAAAAAAUGCAAAAUUCAAAAAGCAAACAUUAUUCGUGUAUUCUUUAAAUUAUUUUAUUAUAUGGCUUCAAUAGAAUACACGCACUGAUUAGCCGUUUUCUCGUGAUGACUGGGCAUUGCAAGCUAGGUGUCCAAGGCAUUACCAUGUGUAUUUAACUUGAUAGUGGUCAUCUUUAUGGACAUCCAUGUUACGGUCAAUAAAUAUUGACAGCUGUCAAAAAUGGUAUCUGCUGAUCAUGACCAGUGUCAGCUGACUGUAUCGCGGGUUCAAGUGUUCAACUCAUUGAGGUGACGUGCUUUUAAAAAUUAUCCGCUGACCAGUUGUUGGUUUUAAUUGAUCGCAGGCUCAGGUCCACGACGAAAAGGCCAUAUAAUAAAUAACUUACCGGUAUUAACAUUGUCUAUCGCUUCGGUCAAUACAUCAAGGCCUUAAUCUGAGAUUUCCCUGUAAUAACCAAUUGGAUGAGGUUAACAAGUAGUAUAUGUAGAGGAUAUUACAUGGCCGUGCAGGGAUACAGAUUUUAUCUGCCAGUGCUGAAAGUAUCUCUCAGGAGUGAGCGAAGAGAAUGAGUGAGAGAUACUUUCAGCAUGAGAAGAUAAAAUUUGUAUCCCCAAGCGGCCAUGUAAUGUUCUGAAUAUUUUACAGAUACUGAUUAAAUUCCUACAUAAAACACAACUUUUUUUAAAUUCAUUUUCGAAACAGCAAAAUAGUGUAAUUAAGUGGUCACCUAUCGCAAAAUGCCUGUCACAAAAAUGUUAUGAAACUCGGAUGUAAAGUUAUAAAGGAGAAAUAAAGACGAUAAUACUUUUAUUUUCUGUUUGAAAAAGUCAAAAGUCAUGUUAGUAACCAUGGCGACACCAAUAUCCUCACACGUGAAAGAAAAAAAUAGUAUCUUCACUGCGUGCGAUGAAGAUAUGAUUUUUUAGUAAAAGGAAAAAUCCUGGUAUUUCAUCAGUAUCUAUAUAGUAAAGGGGAUUAAACAAAGAAGUCUUAAGUAAUUACCAAUUCGAUGGUUCUUUACAGUUUCAUCUCUGAUACUGGCGGAUCAAUAGUGAGCAAAAAUGUACUCCUCUUUCGUGGGUGUCAAGAAUGUCUGGAGUGUAUUGAGUAUUUGGGGUUAAAAAUAAUGGAAAUUAAGGUUAAUGAUACGGAAAUUAUUUUACUUACCCCAGUGGGGAGGAGGGCUCUCCCUUAUUUGGCUUAAGCGGGUAUGUUUUGUUGAACAGGGUGUGGUUUUCCGGGUCUUGAGUUGUAAACGGGGUAUAAAAUUUCAUUACAUGUGAAGCAUCUUGAACAGGGUGUCUUUUUGGUUUGGAAGCCUUCUCAAGGAAUUUGAAGGCCUGGCAACAAUAAGCAUUCUACAUUUGUGGUAUUUAUUCCAUGAUGCUGGUUUAAAAAAUUGCUCAAUUCAGUUUGUGUAAAGGAAAUGAACCAGGGUCAUUAUGAGCUGUCAAACAACACCUCAGAGACAAAUUUGGAGAACAUAGAUGCUCCAUAGAAAAAGCCUUAAAUCAACAUCACUUUAGCCAUCCUUCUGCUGUUUCAGACCACUUCUCUCUUCCAGAUCAUUCCAUCAAGGACAUAGAACUCAUUCAGUUUCCAUAAGGCCCGUUGAGGACUUAUAAUAAUUUCUAAAGGCAAAACACUUGAUUAUGAGGUUUCUUGUUUCACUACCUAUUUACUUUGCUUGAGUACCUCCCCCUCUCCCGCCCCCCACCCCUUUUAGGGUACAUGUAAAUACCAUUUUUUCAAACUUUUUUCAAUUUUAAUUUAGGUUGGUACUGGACAUGUUCAAGUUGACAACUGCGUUCUUGAGCAGGGUCAAGUUCAGGUAUCAUCUCCUGGCAGUAUUGUUGUCCGCUACUGCACCUUUAAUAAUGCCUGUAUCACUCUACGAUCAGUUGGCUUUAGUAGGAUUGAAAACUGCCUAUUCAGCACAGACGAAACGUCAGCAGUUGUCAUAGAGGGUCUUCCACCAGUCACUAGACAAAGACCCAUAUCCAGACCAAUCGAGGACUGGAUGACAUCAAAUGGUAUUGACUCGCUGGGUUUAGAAGACUUAUAUGACCUGUCAGUUGUUGAUGGCGAUCAAGGAAUGAAGAAUGGAGCAAAGUUAAUGUCGGGGAAAGCCAUUGAACCACAAAAUGAGAAAUGUUUAGUGCCACCUGCUAAACUUCCUGACGAGCCAAUGAAAGGACACAAUGGUAGUCAGGUGACUGUUUUAACAAACGAUCUCAGUCAAACUAAGACUUCACUUGGUGUUGGAUGUCACACGCGGAGAUACUAUCUUGAUGCACAGUGUCGCGAGGUUGUGAGGUCUAUCCAUGGUUGUAUUGUAAGAAAAAAUCGUUUUUGCAUAGGAAAGGGGGCCGUGCUUGUCAGAAGACGAGGACAUGCGUGGAUUGAGGGAAACGAAAUUGGCCGUUUAUCACACGGUAUUAGGUGUCUCACAGGUGCAAAAGUUGUGAUACUUAACAACAGAAUACACGACUGUGAAACUUCGGGGAUUUUUUUCAGAGAACGAUCUACUGGUCUGGUUGCAGGAAAUCACAUUUAUUCCAACAAAGAAGCUGGUACGGACAUUCGUAGUGGUUCAGACCCAAUCUUACAGCACAAUCACAUUCACAGUGGAAAACGUUCUGGAGUGGUUAUUUUGGACCGUGGUAAAGGGAUUAUUAGAGACAAUGACAUUUAUGAUAAUAAAGAGGCAGGAGUUUACAUUCUUUAUCGUGGAAAUCCCAUUGUCAAGUGAGUUACAAAUCAUUUUAAUUUUGCAAAACAUCGCUAGCUGCAGGUUAAUGAUGUAGAUUCAUUUUAGCAUAGGGACGUGUUAUCUUAUUAAUAGGGAGCUUAAGAUCCGACGACGGCGACGGCAACAAAACAGCAAAAAAAGCAAUAGGUUUAGAUUAGCAAAACCACAAUUUUGCACGUGCAUCACGCUUUUUUGUACAUUUCUGUGCCGUCGUUGCACGACUACAUGUGAAAAUGCCCAAUUUCACGUUUUGCUGGAGGACGGGAACACGAGACAACAACUCUCUUUUUCUUUUCUUGACCUUUGAUACAGUCCUUUAGAAUCAAUUCCAAAAACAUUUACCAGCAUUUGACGAAUUAAACGAGAUAGAAUAAGCGUCAUAAAGUUUAAAGCAGCAAGCAUUCACUUUUUAAGUGAUGUUUUGGUAGCUGUCCCCGUCGUCGGAUCUUAAGCUCCCUAACAAUGAUAAUAGGACUGAGUGGAGUCCAAUUCGGUCUGUAAUCGUACGAGAUAUUAACAAAAUCGGACGACCAUGUAGCUGGAGUCCGAUUUGUUUAAUAGUCACGAGUAUGAAGUUCUGUUACCAAUUAAUCAUAACUACAACACAAUUUGUGAUGUUUUAGCCCCCUUGAAAAUAAAAAAACACAAGAAUUUUCAAGAAUUUUCUUGCUAGCAGUUGAAAAAGAGCCAUUUUAGUGCAUAUGGCACGUACUGUCCGAUAUUACAUAGGCAUGAUGCGUACUGUGCGAUUACACUGUCCCGUUAGUUCUGAAAUCAGGACAGUUGAUAGCCAGUCAAAUUUGAGAAUUUUGUUAUAGUUAUGAUUAAACCGGUAAAUGUACCUUAAACAUGUCCAAUAUAUUUCAUUGUAGACACAACAGAAUCUGGUCAGGACGAGCAGCUGGUGUUGCUGUGACUGAGGAAGGAAAGGGCCACAUUCUGUACAAUGACAUUUAUGGGAUGGAGUGGGGUGGCGUAGACAUCCGCAAUGGUGGUAACCCUGUGGUGUCUAAUAACUGGAUCAGGGAUGGACAUGCCGACGGAAUUGUCAUUGGAGAGGGUGGCAAGGGAGUCAUCAUGGAUAAUGACAUAAGAGGUAUUUAAUUCUCAGUGUUAUUGGAGGAAAAGCCCAUACUCUUACCCGGGUUUUGAAUUAAUUUCCUCAUGACAUCUCGCUACCAUGUAGCAGACUCGCCACCAACGAAUAACUCUGAAAUAACUGACACAGUUUAAUACCUAGGAUUACUUCCCUAAGAUUAAUUUUAACAUUUUUUACUUUUUCGUCAAGCUUCUGCGAAUUUAAAGUCGACCCAAAUACAAGUCUGUCGAUCCUAACUGACGAUCCUUGCGUUGAACGUCUUAUGCUCUCGAUAAUGCAAAUACUAAUAAUACGUGUACAGGUUUUGUGAAUGUAAACUUUGACAUUUGAGAGAUUAAAAAACUGGCAGAAACGUUUCACAACCACUAGUCAUUUCUUUGCGAUAUGAAAAUAAGGCAACGGUUAAGAAAUUUCCGUUCAUGACGGUUCAAAUCAGUGCUAAGCCAAGUUCUAUUUUUGGUGGCGAGGUGACCAGGUACCGGUGAACCGAUUUUUCCUUUUUCGGAGGAAAAAAAACAGUUUUUGUGUUACACUUCUGUGCUGUAGGUCUUUUGUGGAAUUUGGCUGUUGUUCAAGAUUGCCUCUGCCUGAUUCCAUUACAUCUGAAUACCUAGCUCUCUCUCACCCCUAAAAAUAAGGGCUCAUCAUGUCCCACCGGGAUUUGAGUUCCUGACCUCACAGACACUGCCGGUGUUGUAUCACUGACGGUAAUGAAACUACUAUAAAGCCCAGUUUGCGGAUAUGAUUGCUCCAAUCACAAAUUUCGUCAAGCGUAGUGAUCAUAUGGAAACCAGCCUUAAAUGAAACUUCGGAAAUUCGGACUUUGAUUUAUUUUUGUGGUCCACAUUGAGUCUUAUGCCUGCACUUCUUUCUCAGUCAGUCCAAGCCCUACUUGUGUGCAUUCUGUGGAAAAUAAUAGUAUAACGGGUAUAUAUGCGAUUGCUACGAUUAUUAAAGAAACCAGGGCUUUGUUAAUGAAUCUGAUUCAUGUUUUUUUUUUAAGAUUCUGCUAAUGCUUGUUCUUGUAAUAAUAUUUUAGAAUUGAGGGUGAAAACGAGUACGAGAUUUAACUUAAAGUUUUUGCGCGUGUUCUCAAACAAAAAGACACCCGGGAAACCUUCAUUUUCCUUUUUUUUCACCGAAAAAGUUAGUACGGUUAUUUAUACUGAGGGAGGUUAAGCCCUCUCCCGAUAGCAAAAGGAUAAAACUUCUUACAUUUCAUAACUUGUUUUUGCCACUACGACAUUCUCCCUAAAACCCGUUGUAGAAUGACGACGACGGCGAUCACGUUUUCCCGCUGGUUCACGCGCGUGCACUACUUAUUAUUGGGAAAAUCUCGUACUCGUAGUCGUCCUCGUCCUCGAAUCUAAAGCUCUCUAUUGUCAUCCAGGAAACAGUGGUUGUGGAGUGUGGAUCCUCACUGUCUCCAAGCCACUCAUCUACGGAAAUCGAAUCGCGGACUGUGGAGACAGCGGAGUGGCCCUUGUUAGUAACAGUGACCUGCAUCAUGAUAAUCAACAGCUUAGCUCACAGUUUUCGCAGUCAGAGCAAGAGGUAAGUCGAGUAAUGUCGUGUCUUAACCCUUUCACUGCCAAAUGUGGCCAAAGGCAAAUUUCGACCAAAUUUCCAAAUUUCGUUUUCAAAAAUUUUGACAAACAAAUAGCAUCAUGUGAAAGUACAGGCAGAGAGCUUUCAUUUGAAUGGUCACAUCAUAGGAUUUCGUCCGCAGACUCAAAAGUUAGAGUCGCCUUACAAAACUCCAUCAAGUACUCUGGCAGUGAAGGGGUUAAUACAGCAUGUGUCAACCUCAUACCCAGGGUUCUCUCCUACCCGUCCCUACGGAGCUAGAGAGAACCUGGGAACGAGGUUGUACAUGUAUAUGGCUGAAUCCGCGAGCGGGCAAGGUGAAGCGAAUCCUGUGUUCUGAUUGGCUAUCGGAGCGGGCAAGAUCGGCUCAUCUUGCUGGUCCAUCCUGCGUUGGUCCUGCAAGAAAAAUUUCUCUUUUUGGCUAUUUCAUAAAUCCUUUAUUGACCAAGUUUGUUUCAUCAAGGUGGCUGAAUGUUGGCCUGUUCUUUUUUGCGUUUUUUUGUUGAGUGGUUUUAGUGGGAAGAUUUUGGUGUUUUGAAUAGGUGGUCGCACAUGGAGGUUAAUUCGACCUUAUUUGAUGUUGUUUGGUGUUCUCAUCACUUAUGUCUUACUACCGUUAGCUAUGGAACUGUGUACAGUCCCCAUCCCCUCCCCUGCCGAGGGAAGGAGAUGGUGCACGGCUACCGUGAAAUCUUUCUGGAUUAUUCAAUUGUUUUAUCCUCAUUUAGGAACAGCAAAUGCAACCGUUAUUCUUUGAUGAAGAUUUGUCUUCCGCUUCCAACUUUGACGACCAUGAGCAGUCAAUUGAUUUGAACGGUAAGAGAACAAAGUUUCUCACCUAAGUUACAAUUAGACUGUUUCAGGAGGAGCCCCUUAUUUUCCUCGGGGAUGAUAGGGCGUGAGAAGUACACGAGUGUGCGUGCGCGUGCAAGCUCCCCAUGAGGAAGUUUUAUUCUCUCUUCCCUCUUUCCCUCUGCUUCUCAGCUUUCUCGUGGGUGAAAUUUUUCGCGCGCGCUCACGAGUUUCAAUCGCUCUGCUAUCUAAGAGGAAAAUAAAAGACUAGUUGUAGUGCAGUAUGUUUCGGAAAGGCCUGGCAAAAUAAUUAUUCUGGCCAAUCCCAAGACAGCUAAAAGUCAAAUAAGUCCAUUAGAUCUUUAAGCGGAUUGUUGUUGGCGCCAGUCGCGGGAAAAUGUCUGAUUUGUUUUGCCUUCCACUUCUGAUUGGCUUGAAAAUUGUCUCGAGAUUUUUCAGUUAAUCGCGAAGCGAGGAUGCUAGACAACUGAAAACCACGGCGGCCCAACCUUUAUCCGCCCUGUUGAAAACUGUUCUAAAAGUCCGCUGUGCAACGCAUCAUCAGAGAAGUGUUCUACAAAUAAAUAAAAGGAGUAGAUUGUAUUGUGCUUUUUUCUUUUCAUGUUUAACAGGCCCUCGACCAGACAAGAACUUUGCUUGUGUAGACAACAACACAAUUUUCGACAACGCAGGUCACGGUAUCUAUUUUUCCGGCAGCGAGGGGCUGCUUAUCAGGGGCAAUAACGUGCACAACAAUGAAGGCUGCGGUAUUAAAAUCGCUAAACCAGCGGAAAUCACCAUUGAGGACAACAGUGUCUGCAGAAACAACAGCUCCGGUGUAAGUAUUGAAAUAGCCUGCAGUGCCAAUGUCAGCGGAAACGGUAUCUAUGGAAACCGAAAGCACGGAAUUGUCGUGUCUGGAAAGGGCUUGAUCAAGGAAAAUGACGUUUUUUGCAACGUUUUAAGUGGGGUUGAACUGAGGGGUCCUGGAGAUCCUUACAUCACUAGAAAUCGCAUACAAUCCACCGACCACUACGGCGUAAAUAUUCUCGAAAACGCGCGCGGAUAUGUGGAUAGUAAUGACAUUUACCAGUGCAGCGCGGCAGGUUUGUAUCAACAUCCCGACAGCACAGUGCUGGUGAUAAACAAUCGCACAAUUCCGGUCAAUACCAAAAAUGGUCGUCAAGUGCGCAUCGUCAACGAAGGUACUAACGACUGCAGGCACGACCCGGUGGGACUGGAUCUAGACUCGCCUCCGCGUCCACUACUUCCUGAUAAGAACAGUAAAUUUCCGAGGCCGGCAAUGUCCCGGAUUUCGAUGUCAUCGUCAGGGAAUGGGCACUUAGUGGCGGGAAUGACGUCAUGUAAUGGACGAAGUCGUUUCUGCGUGGUUUCUUGAUUAACACUAAGCUGGUCGGACAUUCCGGCUACAAUAACCAUCACAUUCCGUCGUGAGCCCAACUAAUAAUAAGUAUCUUGUCAGCGUCUUAGACUUUUAGUUUGAAAUUAGAUUUCGCUAUUUUCACAAUCGUCCGCAUAAUCCAAUAUGGUAGUUGAACUUCCGCGAGGUACUCGUUUUCAAUACAAGGCUGGAGUCGAGGUUAUCGACUCCAGACCUGUUCUUCACUGUGAAUGACUGAGCCAUAACACCCAAGGCUCUGGUGACGAGUAUGAGUCAACACACGUUAGUCACUAAAGCAUGCUCAAUUGAACAGGAAUAUGUUUACUGCAAGCGUGCGUUUCCCCUUUAAAACGAUUUAAUGUCAUGUUUCACGUCGGCUGUUGUUUGCAGAAAACAGUCUUUAUCCAUUGCUUUACUUUCAUAAGCUAUUUUAAAUGUCGAUAAACAUAAACACAAAAUUGCUUUCUAACCAGGUACCAAAAAUUUUCGGAAAUGUCGUUCGGUAAUUUUCGUUUUAUUUUUUUCAUUUACCUGUCGUUUUUGCCGAGGAGAAACAGGCGCGGCUGUGAAGACCUGAAAGCCUGAAACUUGUUAGUCUUCCUCCCAGUCUCGUCCGCUGGCCAGUUCGUACCAACCGAGUGACGUUUUCCCGACAAGCUUGACAGAUGACGUCACGUCCGAAAUCGCCGAGGACGACUGGGAACGAGGCUGUCUUCAGUCUUCCGGCAUGUGUUCUUUGUGUCGUCACCAAACGCUGCUUCCUGUUCGAUGGUGUUUCUUUUAAUGACCAUGUUCUCUAAAGAACAUACGCACUAGAUGCUUAUUGCAUUUGGACACUUAAUGAGAAAAAUAUGUGUUCAGAGAUUAAACUAAACAUUUUUAUCCCAGUGUAAAACACAUUAAAAGUCUCCAAUUUGUAAGGUAAAAAAUAUAUAACUUUUGAUAUCAAAAUUUACCGAACGUCGCCAUUAAUCUAUCUGCAAUUGCGCAGAAACAAACAAACAAACAAACAAAAUAGUUAAUAUUAAACACCUUUCUAGUAAAUUUAUUUUGCAUAAUAGUUAUUUAUGUUUUUUCGCUUAUUUUGCUUAUUGUAAGGGUCAAGGGUUGCCACUCAGUUUAUCUUCCUGAAUCCGCCUUUGACCUUAAAUACGAGAAAUUUCCAGUUUUUCGAUGUAUUUAUAGUUUGCAUUUUUUUGUUUUGAUUUGUUUUUGUUUCUUUUUGGUUGUAUAUGUAUGUCGUACUUUAUACCUUUUCCGCCUCGUCCCCAGGCUGUCCUCUACUCGUCCCCGGAGCGAUAUAUGACAAGUAGGAGAGAACCCUGGGAACGAGGUUGCCUUCCCGGCAUUCCGUUCAGUGAGCACACAAUAAAACGAGGUCGAGGCUUGAAUGGAGAAUUCCAUACAAAUCGCUGAAGUUGUCUCUUCAAGCCUUAGGCCAUUUUGUCUCUUCUUGAUCGUGAAGGAGAAAGAUAGGCUCUUGCUGAACCGCGUCAAGGCUUUGAAAUCACCUCAGGCCGAAUUUCUAAACUAGUCAAUCUUCUUUUCUCUCGUCAAAACUAGUUUUUCGAUCGCGAGCAUCCGUUUAUUCGGAUAAACCGAUGGUCAUAACUGAGCCCGGUGAACCAAGCGCACAGCUAUUAGGUCUGGGUUCAAAACAGUAUUCUAGCAACACGCAACGCAUGUUCAACGAAGAUUUGUACUCGAUCAGUCAUGCAGAUUAUUUUCAAGUCCGCAAAAUCGAGCAUGCAAGUGAAAGAAAGGCUCUGCUAGUACCGUGGAACCUUUCACGGAAAUGCUGGAAGGGCCUAAUUUUUAUCAUAUUGUGAACAUGGCAACAGAAAACAGGCAAAGACGUGCUACUUUUCCAUACAUAAAAGUGUGAGUAACUAGCUACUCGAUUAAAAAAUAGAAUAUUGAAGAGAGUUUGUUUAUUGGUACUAAAAUGUGUGUAUAAAAGAUUAAAAGCAAUAAUAGGUGUUACUUAAGGAAUUCAGCUUUCACAACCAGAUGAUUAAUUUGAACGUAAAUUAUACCUCUAUCUAAGCUAAUUUAACCCAAACUUUGGUCUUUUGACUCGACUUUAACACCACAGAUUGGAUUAAUUGUGUGGAAUGAAAUUUGAUUAAAUCUUAUACUUGAAGAG